AUGUCUUCCGACUCAAUCCAUUCUAAAGAACAUUCACUUUACACUGAAGACCAUGGAGAAAUCUCCAAAGUUAGAACCGUUGGUCAUGGUGAUGAAUUCGUUGUUAUAGGUAAUCAUAAAUACUAUAGACAUGAAUUAAUGCAAGCCUUUGGUGGUACUUUAAACCCAGGUUUAUCUCCUGCUCCAGUUCAUAAAUUUGCUAAUCCUUCUCCAUUAGGUUUAGCAGCUUUUGGUUUGACUACUUUAGUUUUAUCUUUAUUCAAUGCUCAAGCUAUGGGUAUUAAAAUUAGUACAGUUACUAUUGGUUUAGCUAUGUUCUAUGGUGGGGCCGUUCAAUUCUUAGCUGGUCUUUGGGAAUUAGUUGUUGGUAACACUUUUGGUGGUACUGCUUUAACUUCUUAUGGUGCUUUCUGGUUAUCUUAUGGUGCCAUUUUUAUUGAUUCAUUUGGAAUUGUUGCUGCUUAUGAAGGUACUGAACAAUUAGAAAAUGCUGUUGGUUUCUAUUUACUAGGUUGGGCUCUCUUUACCUUUAUGUUAACCAUUUGUACUUUGAAAUCGACCGUUGGUUUCUGUGCUUUAUUCAGUUGCUUAACUUUAACUUUCAUUCUUUUAGCUGGUGGUGCCUUUAGUGGUCAUAUUGGUGUUACAAGAGCUGGAGGUGUCGUUGGUGUUAUUACUGGUCUUUUGGGAUUCUAUAACGCAUUUGCGGGUGUGGCUAACAGCACUAAUUCUUAUAUUACAGUUCAUCCAUUCCAUUUAACUAAACAAAGCAUCUAA